AGGGUGACGCCGAGAGCUGUAGUCAUGGCGGCGCCGGAGCCCGGCCUGGCCGCCCCUAGCCCCGCGGCGCUGCCUGAACAGCAGGAAGGAGUCGUCGACUGUGCGGACCCCGCGCCCGACUCCGUGAGCUCCGCGGCCCCGGAACUCCCGGGCAGGCCCGCAGCUUCGGACGCGGCUCUGCAGGCUGAAGCCACCCCGCGGCCCGGCGCCUCUCGGCCUGGCCCCGAGACGUUUCGCCAGCGUUUCCGGCAGUUCCGCUACCAGGACGCGGCAGGUCCCCGGGAAGCUUUCCGGCAGCUGCGGGAGCUGUCCCGUCAGUGGCUGCGGCCCGACAUCCGCACCAAGGAGCAGAUCGUGGAGAUGCUGGUGCAGGAGCAGCUGCAGGCCAUCCUGCCCGAGCCGGCCCCGGUCCGGCGGCUGCGGCGCCGCGCAGACGUACGCAUCACCGGCUGAGCAGCGGAGCCGAGGGCUCCUUGGACUGUGAUACCCUACCACGAGUUAAUGAAAGUUGAAUUUUGACAGUUCCUGUGAUCUGGUGUGUCGUUCGUCCUCUAUUGGGCUUAUUUCCCGAGCGUGUUCCCCACCUUUCCAGUUGAUAAGAGGAAGUCGGGAGCUUUACGUACCCUGGACCCCUGGGGUGGAGAUGCGCAGGACUUUGCCCUUAGGCAGGAAAUUCUCACCCUGUUGAGUAGCUCUAGGCCACCCCUCUACCACGUUCGCAGUUUUUCUUAACCUGAAUUGUCUUGCAGAAUGUUAAUGAUGGUUGUAGUCGGCUAGUGUACCACACUACCCUCUGCCUUGCACUAGCCAGUAUCCGAGCUUGAGCAAUAAAAUGGGUGGCCCUAUUAAAAGCUCAGCUCAGUGUUGUGGUUCUUGCUUUUAAUCUCAGCACUGGGAGGAGGUGGUUGAAAAAGGGACUGGGGCUGGGCCCAGCCUGGUCUACAUAGUGAGUUCCAACCAGGGCUAUGUAGAGAGACCCUCUAAAAAUAUAAAACAAAAAACUGAUCAGGCAACAACUGGUGUUAACAAGGAAAAUGAAAUGGAUCUUAUAGUGUCACUUCCUUGUAAGUGAAUCUUAAAGCUUUCUGCUUGGUGGCUUAAAGAUCAGUGAUUGCAAUCCACACAGUGGACAAACGUCUUUAACACUUACUGUUACAUAUAUAUGUAUGUAUAUGUGUAUAUAUGUAUAUAUACACACACACCACAGUAUACAGCUGUCCGGUAACUAACGCGGAUGAAAAGGUUUGGCCCCUGUCUCCUUUUGGUCAGGGUCUACUGGCUUUGCCCGCGCUGGUGAUUAUCAUUAGAGAAAUGUUUUGACUAGAACUAAUAGAGGGUUCAUGACCUUUGUUAAAAGCCUACUGGUGACUGUGACCAGAGCUUCCACUAUGAAGAGGGAAAGAGCUCUCCCGUCAGCUCCCUGGAGUGAAGCACUUUGUCUUUACAAUGAAUAAACAAACCAUUUUCAACCUCUAAUG